UCCACAAGUCAGAUGACAGCACUAACUGUCGACGAUACAUGGCAGUUUCUUCUCCUUGCAUCGUUUGUUUUGUCAUCUGAUUUGUCAUUUAUUGCAUUUUUAAAGAAUGGCAUCUCGCAUAUUACUACGACAAUGUGCAGACGGGAUUAGCAAAAACAGUGCUGGACUGAGCAGGUUACUUUCAAGCAAAUCUACAGAGGUAGAAAAGAAACCAGAUAUACCACAGCGCAAAAAUUUUCAAGAAACUACACUGACACAAUCAGAAGCUCAGUAUAUACAAGCUUUGAAAAGUCCUAUUACUGUGACUGACGAAGAUGUAGGCUAUGUAUCUGGAGUGCCUGAGGAGCAUAUCAAGACUCGUAAAGUACGGAUUUACCAACCUGCUAAGAGUGCCAUGCAAUCGGGAACGAAUAAUAUUCACUUUUGGCAAUUGGACUUUGAUACACGUGAGCGCUGGGAGAAUCCAUUGAUGGGAUGGACUUCUAGUGGAGAUCCUAUGUCAAACAUCCAAGUUGAUUUUGCGACGAAGGAGGAAGCAAUUGCACACUGCAAGAAAAUGGGAUGGGACUAUUAUGUGCAGAAGCCAAAUAUCAGUCAACCGAAACCUCGCAGCUAUGGAAUGAAUUUCUCUUGGAAUAAACGCACCAGAGUUUCAACUAAAUAAUCUACAGAAACUUGAUUAUUUUGUGAGAUCUAGUUUUGUGCGAUAGUAACGAUGAGCAUAUUGCAAAUUAUAGUCAUCUACGGUAAGAAUUUUUGCAAUAAUUAAAUAAAUAUGUAUUAUAAUGCAAAUAAAUGUAUAUAUUUAACG